AAACUCGCAUGUACGGACUUAUAUAACGAAUCCGCGUUAGAGACGGAGCACACGAGUUGGCGCUAUAAUAUUUUCGCGCAUAUACAAACAUCAUAGGACACAAACCAAACGUGCUCACAGAACAAAUUCGUGUGAAAGUCACUGCACCGUUUCAUGCGAACAUAAUAAGAUGUUUGGGAUGCCGGUGCUUAUACCCAAUAACGUUCUAUAGUUUGUGAAAAACGCCAUCAGUCAAAUUAUGAAACAUUUGUGUACAUUAGUGCUUUUUGCUCUUUUCGCGUGUACAGCGCUCAGCGAUGCCGUGGAAUUCCAAGAUUACAACGACGCCUCACCGGAGUCGCGCACCCAUAAACAUAAACUCAAGAAGUUGAAGAAACGGUUGUUAUUGCACUGUCUGCUGUCGCACCAUAGACGCAGGAGGGACACGGCCGCCACCGGACGGUUCUUGUUACCCUUACCCAUAGUGCUCCAGAGCACCAAUGUCAACGUCAACGACGGUGUUACUAACGGAGAAGGUAAUUACGGCAACGGCGAAUACCAUCAAGGCGCCGGUAAUGGCGGUUACGAUCCGGAGUGCAUGCAAAUGCUGAAUAACCAUGGACCUUUGCUGACGGGCGCAAUAAGCAGUGCGGGUAGCAUCGCCGGUUUGGGCGACAGCGGCAGCCGCAACGGUUACGCCGCUGAUUGGGACCGGUACGCCAGGCAGUUCCACAGAACUUUCGUCAGACCGUUAUACCGGUUGUUUUAAAAACACUAAUUUGAUGAGUAGUGUUUAAAAUGUUCACUAUUAUUGUCUAUUUGUAUGGAACAAGUGCAGUUUAGUUCCCACACGCCUUUUUCAAAUUUUUUUUUGGACUAUAUGUACUUUUUUACGAUAAAAAUUAUGGUGAAGUCAGAUUUUGGGGAUCGGACUUACUUUUGAAGUUAUAAGCAAAAACUUCAUUUUCGUCAUUUUUUAAAAAGUGCAAUAACUUGGUAAAAAUGAACUUUAAAAAAAAAAUUGUUAUUCAAAAUACGUAUUUUUAUAAGACUAAAAGAAUGGUGCAACCCAAAUUUUAAUAUCAUACUUACUUUUCAAGUUAUAAGCAAUAACUUCAUUUUCGUAUUUUUUUUUUUAAAACCGUAUAACUUUUUUAAAAAUCUAAUGGAGACACAAAACGGCAGGUCGCCGGGUAUUAUCGCUUCGCUCCGCUAAACUAAAAAUAUCCUAGGUUUGCAGGCUUCAGUCUAGGAGGAGGUCACAGGUUUAAAUUUAAGUAAAUCUUAGUAUUAAUAUCUACAAGGUAUUACGGCAAAAAAAAAAAAGGACCACGACGGGCGAGAGACGUCCUCGCGUCGGCCGUUACCGUUAUAAUAUAGUGACGCGCACACGCAAAAAUCGCCUUUACAGUUUUUUACGAAUAACUCAAUAGUUAAUGAAGCUAGAGCAAUUCUGAUUUUACCAAAAACUUCAAAAUUAAAAAACAAAUAUAAUGGAAAAAAAAAAUAUUUAAAAAUGUUGAUUUUUAAAAAAGUUAUAGGGUUUUUAAAAAAAAAUACGAACAUGAAG